AUGGCCCACUCCAAAAGCAGUCCUCCCACCGUUCCACAGGGCUGGAAAGCUGUUUUUGACGAUGAAUAUCAGACAUACUUCUUCGUAGACCUGAAGACUGGCAAGUCACAAUGGGAGGAGCCCAAAGGGACGAGUUGGAACAGUGAAGGUCCCCCUCCUUAUGUGGAGGGUCGUCCAUCUGGAAGUCCUCCUGAUAGCAGUGCAAAGGGCACUCCCAGCAACAAUUAUCCGCAGCAAGGUUUCUCAAGACAAACCUAUGGUCAACCUGGAUUCCAGCAACAACAGGGAUACCCGCCACAGGGCUACUACCCCCAACAGGGAUAUCCUCCGCAGCAGGCGUACCCUCAACAAGGAUAUCCUCAACAGGGAUAUCCUCCACAAGGCUACUAUCCACCACAGCAGGGCUAUUACCAGCAGCAACAACAGCCUGUUCAGCAGGGUCGUAGAAACAACAAUGGUGCUCUCAUGGGUGGCCUUAUGGGCGCCGGUGGUGGUUUGCUGGCCGGAUCCCUUCUCACGUCAGCAAUGAUGCCUCACGAAACGAUUGUUGAAAACAACUAUUACGACGACAACAACAACAACGAUUACGGAGGAGGCGGCUACGAUGGCGGUGAUUUCGGGGGCGGUGACGACUUCGGGGGCGGCGAUUUUUGA